UAUAUAUCGAAAAAAAGGAAAGUGCGUGCGAGAGCAGACCGAGCGGCGGCGGCGCCGGCGCCGGCGCGCACCUCACCAGGUCUGCCUACGAGGGCUCCUAGUCCUAGGCGUGAGCGGCGGAGCACCCACCGGUAGAUUGAAGUUGGAGCAGCGCCGACGCGCACCUGACCAGAUCGAGGCGGCGAGGGUUCCUGGUGGUGAGCGGCGGAGCACCCAUCGGUGGAUUGGGGACUCGAACGGCGGCUGCGCGUACCCUAACCAGAUCGAGGCGACGAGAGGCCCUGGGAGUUGGGGCGAGCAGCGGCGGGGAUCAUCGGAGCAGCUUCGCUCAGGAGUCCUGACAAUUACUUUCCCCUGUUUUCUGAAGAAAAAAAAGGUUAUGGACUUCGAUAGGGCCAUGGCAAGGAGUGCAGCCUGCGAUCGGUUGGGAGCCUCUGUGUCGCGCCCCAGCGGAAACCUGUCUAGCGACACCAAAGCCGUCCUCUGCAUUGGGGCAGCCGCUGCUUUGGGCUGGGCAGCGUGGAGGUACUACCAACGUCGUGUCUGCCUCGAGAAGUUCGGCCGAGACAUGACGGCAUUGGCUGGAAAAGCUGAUCCGGUGAUUGGCCGCGAUGACGAGAUUGACCGCGUCAUCUCCAUCCUCUGCCGCCGGACCAAGAACUGCGUUGCGCUCGUCGGUGCUGCAGGGGUAGGCAAGACGGCAGUCGCCGAGGCCCUCGCCCAGCGCAUUGCCGCCGGGAUGGUCCCUGACGUUCUCGCCGGUGCGCGCGUCAUUGAGCUCGAUCUCGGGGAAUUGGUGGCUGGGACCAAGUACCGUGGCUCGUUCGAGCGACGCAUGAAAGACGUGAUAAAGCGGGUGGAGGCUUCGAACGGCAAGGUGAUUCUAUUCAUCGACGAGAUGCACAUGCUUCUUGGUGCAGGGCGGUCCAGGAGGAGUGCCAUGGGUGCUGGCAACAUGCUGAAGCCAGCGUUGGCCCGUGGGCGUAUCCGCUGCGUGGGUGCGACAACUUUCGAUGAGUACCGUAAGUAUGUCGAGAAGGAUGCCGCACUGGAGCGGCGGUUCCAAAAGGUGCAGGUCGAGGAGCCGAGCAUGCACACAACCAUUGAGAUUCUGCAGGGGCUAAAGAAACGGCAUGAACAGUACCAUGGCUUGGCAAUCCAGGAUGCAGCUCUUGUUGCUGCUGCACAGCUUGCUGGCCGCUAUAUCACUGGUCGUCAGUUUCCUGACAAGGCAAUUGAUCUGAUUGACGAGGCAUGCGCCACUGCAAACAAAAAGAUGAGGCAGAUUAACCGCCAAAAGGAGGAAAUGAACACUACAAAAAGUAGCUCUGCAAAUGCAAUGAAGAAAGCAAUUAUCACCCCAGAUCAUGUCGCACAAGUUGUGAGCCGAUGGACUGGAAUUCCGGUCACCGCGCUUAAUCAAGAGGAGAAGGAUAAGUUAAUCUGCCUAGCGGACAGGCUGCAUGAGCGAGUUGUUGGCCAGGAUGAAGCCGUCAACCUAGUUGCAGAUGCAGUGUUACGUUCUAGAGCUGGCCUUGAUCAUCCUGGCCAGCCCAUAGGCUCUUUCCUCUUCUUGGGCUCAACUGGUGUUGGAAAGACAGAGCUCGCAAAAGCUCUUGCCGAACAGCUAUUUGAUAGUGAGAAGAUGUUGGUUCGCUUUGACAUGUCUGAAUAUGUUGGGAGUAGUUCUGUGUUGCGUCUCGUUGGAGCACCUCCAAGCUAUCGUGGCCAUGAAGAUGGUGGACAACUGACUGAGAAAGUUAGGAGGAACCCGUACAGUGUCAUCCUUUUUGAUGAGGUGGAGAAAGCAGAUCCCUCGGUGUUCAAUAUUUUUCUUCAAAUCCUUGAUGAUGGCAGGUUGACUGAUGGCAGAGGCCAGACUGUUGAUUUCAAGAAUACCAUCAUCAUCAUGACCUCAAAUCUUGGAUCUGAUUACCUAAUAUCAAAGACGGCUAGAGAAAACACAACGGAAUCUAUACGGGACCUUCUCAUGGAACAGGUUUGCAAGCACUUCAAGCCUGAGCUUCUCAACAGACUGAGUGAGAUCGUCAUAUUUGAGCCGCUUUCGCACGACAAACUGAAGGAGAUAACGAAAAUCCAGAUGAAGAGCAUUAUGGCCAGAGUAGCUACCAAGGGCAUCUCUCUUUCUAUUAGUGAUGCCGCAUUGGACACUAUCUUAUCGGAAUCAUAUAGCCCAACCUACGGUGCAAGACCCAUAAGGAGGUGGAUGCAAAAGAAUGUGAUGACAACUCUUUCCAAGAUGUUGGUCAAAGGACAAGCCAGUGAAGGCUCAACAAUCUGCAUUGAAGCUACUGACGACAAGAAGGGGCUGGAGUAUGAAGUGGUGAAGAAGGAAGCGAGCCCACACUAACCUGGCUCUGUUUCUUUGAAGAACCGGCUGCGGUUGUCUGCUGCUGCUGGCCUCGCUCGCGGCGCUUCACGCUGUGAUUGUGUGACCAAGUGACAGCACGCUAUGGCCUGUGAUACGGACGUGCACGGAUCAAGACUGUGUUUAGUGCUGGGGCCGAGGGGGCUGCAACGUACGUACGCUAUGUAUGGUGCGUACUGCGCAUGCCAGUUCACAAGACAAGAGUUACGUGAACAAAGCAAAAUUUAGUCAAUAAGGCAUCAUUGGGUAG